AUGGCGAGAAUGGUGGACGGGAGCGGCUGUGGAGAGGAAUUACAGAACCCCGAGCGGCAUGGACCCGGCCGGGGCGCGGCCAGGUGGGGGCCACAGCACGCCGGCGCACGAGAAUUGGCCACUUUAUAUUCCCCAGGCAAAAGAUGCCAGGAAUGGACAAGUGUCCUCCUCUGCUUCUCUCUCAUGGCCUUCAAUUUCGUUCACCUCCUUGCCAAUUUCCACUUCGGACAUUUGUGGUCCAUCCUGUUGGGUAUUGCGGCAGGAAUCCUAACCGCAGACUUUGCGUCUGGGCUCGUCCACUGGGGGGCUGACACGUGGGGAUCGGUGGAUCUACCCAUAUUUGGAAAGGCCUUUAUCCGACCCUUCAGAGAGCACCACAUUGACCCCACGGCCAUCACCCGUCAUGACUUCAUUGAGACCAACGGCGACAACUGCAUGUUGACCAUCGUCCCGCUUGCCAACAUGGCCUUUAACUUUCUCACCCUCUCCCCAGCCGAGAUCUACCAUCUGUACCCGUGGUACUGCUACCUGUUUGCGCUGGGCAUAUUUGUGACCCUCACCAACCAAAUCCACAAAUGGUCCCACACCUACUUUGGCCUCCCGCGUUGGGUGGUCUUCCUGCAGGACUGCCACAUCAUCCUUCCACGCAAGCACCACCGCAUCCAUCACGUCUCCCCUCAUGAAACCUACUUCUGCAUCACCACAGGUUGGCUCAACUACCCCCUGGAGAAGUUAGGCUUCUGGAAGAACCUGGAAGAUCUUAUCCAGGGAGUCACUGGAGAGAAGCCCCGGGCUGAUGACCUCAAAUGGGCUCAUAAAGUCAAGUAA